AACACGGAAGUGUCAAAAUACAUCCUCGUUUAAAAGUCCAUUGAUUAAGAGUGUGCUGUUGGAUAUUAGAAACGGAUCUAAUCUAGAUACGGUUUGCUGUUUUCUCAGCCAACUGAUCGACUCUUUAAAAUCAAGGUGUAGUAUUGUGAUGCUCGUGAACUUUGUUUUUGGUUAACUGGUUGGGGAUUAAGGUCAGAUAUGUAGUGGAGUCAUAUGCUGUAUGCUACUAGUGCUACUGCUAAUAAUAACAAUAACAAACAAUAACAAACAACAACCCCGAUCUAUCACCAUGAAGCUGAGUUCAUCAGUGUUCUCUGCCUUCUGUCUCAUUAUUGAGUUACUCGGCAUUGUCCUUUUCUUGAGAGGUUUUUUUCCAGUUCCAAUCAAGUCGUCUUUAUCAUCAAAGAGCAAAUUAUCAGACCUGCCAGCAGAACCAGUAGUAGGAAGUAGCCCAAAUUCGACCAAAGUGCCUCCUCCAUUAUUCAACAGAGUAGUCAUUGUGUUAAUAGAUGCUUUAAGAGAUGACUUUGUAUUUGGGCCCAAUGGGAAGAGGUUCAUGCCCUACACCAGGAACCUAGUGGAGAGUGGAUCAUCUCAUAGCUUCAUCGCUAAAGCCAGACCACCGACUGUCACCAUGCCUAGAAUCAAGGCUCUGACAACAGGCAGCAUUCCCGGCUUCAUCGACGUUGUAAUGAACCUGAACUCCCAGGCUCUCUUAGAGGACAACCUUCUCUGGCAGGCCAAGAACUCUGGCAAAAGGAUCAUCUUCUACGGUGAUGACACGUGGGUGCGGCUCUUCCCUAAGCAUUUCUUAGAGUAUGAUGGCACAACGUCGUUCUUCGUCUCCGACUACACUGAGGUGGACAACAAUGUGACCCGUCAUUUGGACGGCACCCUUAAGAGAGACGACUGGGACGUGCUGAUCCUGCAUUAUCUGGGCCUGGACCACAUCGGACACAUCAGCGGACCUCACAGUUCUCUAAUCGGGCCCAAACUCCUCGAGAUGGACGAUGUGAUAAAAAAAAUCCACACCUCUGUUAUCACAACGCAGGAGACAGAGGGCAUGCUGCCUAAUUUGCUUGUGCUGUGUGGUGAUCACGGCAUGUCUGAGACGGGCAGCCAUGGAGGAUCAUCAGAGCCAGAAGUCAACACUCCACUAGUCCUCAUAAGCCCUGCCUUCCCAGCGAAAGAGGGCAUGGGUGAGAAACUUGUGGUGGAGCAAGUGGAUCUGACCCCUACUCUUGCACUUGCUCUGGCAUUGCCCAUCUCGCAGAACAGUGUGGGACGCCUGAUUCCGGCUGUGUUUGAGAAAGCCCCACUGAGGGAGCAGCUCCGUUACCUCCAUAUCAAUGGCCACCAGCUCAGUAACCUGCUUCAGGACAGCAACCCCAGCUUCCAUAAGGAGGACGGUUACGAGCAGUUUCGGAUGGCAGUGAAAGCCCAUGGGAGCUGGAUGAAGCUAUAUGUAGAGGGAAACACAUCUGAGGUGCUGAGCAACAUGGCGAAAAAAGUUUUAAAGCAGUACCUGGAGGCUCUUCAAGCCAUGAGCGCAGCCCUCAGCAAGCAGCUGGGCAAAUACGACAUGUACUCCAUGAUGGUGGGCAUGAGCCUCAUACUGCAGAUUCUGGUGCUGCUGUUGUUGACCAUGCCAGAGGCUCUGAGCGGCGCUGCAUGUGUGGACGUUCCCCUGGCAACCACUUUCCUCUCUUUACCCUUCUACCUCCUCAUCCUGCUUGGUUCCUCUGUUCAUGUGCUGGUGUGCACUUCGUCCGAGGCCUCCUGCUACUUCUGCUCGCUGCCCUGGCUCCUGGCCUUUAUCGCCAUCGUCUUCUCCUCAGCUUUGUUUUGCUCUGUGGUGUCCAUGGCAGCCAGACAUGCACUCAAAGUCGAUAACAAGCAGCCCAAGACGUCUUCCUCAGAGUGGACUCUGUCUGAACUGGACAUCCUGCUUCUGAUCGGCACGAUCGGCCACACUCUCAGCUUGGCUUCCAGUAGCUUUGUAGAAGAGGAACACCAGACAUGGUACUUCCUGCUCAACACGCUUUGCCUGGCUGUCUUCCAGGAUGUCUGCAGGAAGUAUUUCAGGGAAAAGCAUCGCCCAGAUGAAGAAGAGCAAGAAAGUCUACUUCUGCCUUCUACCAUAGAGGAAAAAGCUGCAUCUUUCUCUCCAGUGGCUGAGCUGGGGGUCAGUGCAGACUCGGAGAAGUGGUUAGCCCUGGCCACGCCGCUCCUCACCCUGACAUGCUGUCGAAUGCUCAGGUCACUCAACCAGACCGGGGUGCAGUGGGCACAUCUGCCAGACCUGAGCCACUGGCUCAACAGUGGAGAUCAUAAGGUUUUCCUGUCUUUGCUGUCUAUCCUCUCUCUGCUGCUAAUUUUCCUGUUGGUCCAACGGCACUGUUCACUGGUGUCUAAGAUCGCCCUGGCGCUCGGCCUGCUGGGAGUUUACAGCUACCGUGCUGCCGUUGGCAGCGUCUUGUUCCCGUGGCAACACUCAGCCCAAGCCAUGUCCAAGGGAACAGGAGAAGCGCACUUCGUCUACGUCUUCGUGCUCGGGAUCCUCUUCACCGGUGUCAAGGACUUACUGCGUUCCCAGGUGAUGUCAUCGGUGGUGGACGGCAGGCUUAUGAAGAGCAGGGGAUUGUGGGAGGUGUACAGCGGCAUGGUGCUGCUUGUGGCGCUGCUGUUCCGGGCUCACAAUCUGCCCACGCUGGCAUGCUGCCUGCUCAUCCAGACCCUCAUGGCUCAGUUCAUCUGGAAGAGGCUGCACUAUGACGCCGCCCAGACCACCAUUAUGCACUACUGGUUUGGACAGGCUUUCUUCUAUUUCCAGGGGAACUCCAAUAACAUAGCGACGGUGGAUAUCUCAGUGGGCUUUGUGGGACUCGAGAGCUAUGUGGAGACUCCUGCUGUCUUCCUCACAGCGUUUAGCACCUAUGCAGGUCCGUUGCUCUGGGCCUGCCAUCUGGUGUGUUACCUCAGCUCAGAGAGAGACAGAGCGGUCUCUCUCGGCCACAGCAGCUACUGUUUCGCCCUGCUUCGCUCCAUUCCUGCUGUGUUCUAUGUAGUCCUGGUCACCGCACUGCGCUACCAUCUCUUCAUCUGGAGCGUUUUCUCCCCCAAGCUCCUCUACGAGGCAAUGCACACACUGAUCACUACUGCCGUGUGCUUCUUCUUCACUUUCAUGGAUCAGGAUCGUACGCAUAGACCAUGAAACACCUGAGCAACAGCUCUUGAUUCCCUCCAGUCAAUAACCGAGAGAAGGAUCACACGCAUAUACACGGAGUACAGGAUCUGAUGGAGAGGCUUGUCACUUGAAAGCAAGAGAACACUAAGACGAAAACGAAGAUGAGGGAUAGGUGAAGUGAUGUUUGAGAUGCCACACAAUUGCAAUGGGAUUUUGGUGAUAUGUGUGUGUUUGUGUUUGUGUGUGUGUGUGGGUGUGUGUGUGUACAUGCUUGUGUGGCAGGGUGGGAUUUGUGAAAAGACAGAGAUAGUGAUGAAUGAGUACAGUGAAAUUUAAAGCAAUAUGUACUCAGUACUUAUAAGUACUCAUGAGUUCUGAUCCUAUAUUAUAAAAUACACACACAAUGUCUCUGGAGCUUUUGUCACUGGGUUACUGAGGAGAAGAUAAAUACUCUGUAUCUAAUUUAUUUUUGUAUUGUACAUUUAUGAGGUUAUUUAUUGCAAAAAAAAGAAAGCACCACAAAGGAGCUAAUACCAUCAGGGAGCUCCAUUUUCAACAGUAUCAUUACCUGUAUUUUAAGUUUCGUUUUUCACUAGAAACCUUAAAACGAUUUUUACCCAUUUAAUUAUUAACAUUACAUUUAUGUUAUCACUCUCGAAAGAGCUACAGCUGCAUAGCUCUGAAAUCCAGCUACAGCUAUUCCUGAUUACUUACAGAGACAAUAAAUGAUCUCAUUUAUUCUCGUUUUCGCAAUUCAUUUACCUCUACAAAUGAAAUUUAACCUCUUGUUUAAAAUUAAUGUUAAAUUACAUGUUAUAACAGUGUAAAAAAUGCACUGGUUUGUCUGCACACUCGUCUUACUGCUCUUGCUCACAAAUACAGUACCUGUACACACACACACACACACACACGCACACACACACAGCAACCUCCACUCAUUUUUAUCGACCAUGCUUGCUGACAUCGCUCUGCUUACUCAGUCUGGGUGCCCUCAUGCUCUCUAUUAAAUUUACUACUUAAACACUAGAAGUUGUUUUAUCAGCUUACUUGUAUUGUAAAAAGCUGUAUGCAUUUACAAAUAAAUACUCACGGUAUUAGCCUCAUAACUGAUACCUGUAUUUGUA